AUUGCGUAUUACGCGAGGGAUUUUCAGCGCUGUGUUUGAAAGUGGUUGGGUUGGAACUUUUGUUUGCUAUCAGGAUGCAAUCUCGUACGGGGGAUAUAGUUACCAAGCCAGUUGGACAGCGCCUGCGUUAUUCUAGGGCAGAAGUUUUAGCUCGUUACGAUUAUGGAAAGAAUAUAGCCGUAGAAUAUGAUUCUUUAGAUGCAAUAACAAAAGCCGUCACUGGAAUUCGAGUUCGACCAAAAACUCAACGAAAGAAAACCAGCCAUUCACAGUCGAGUGAUGGAGAAGCUAACAAAAGUCAUGUCAAUGAAGAUUUAACUGUUCAAGAGAAUGAUUCUAACAACACUGGCUGGCAUCGUAAAACACGUCAUGCUGUGAAUGCACAAUCUGGUGGUCACGUGACACAUUAUCCUCACCAACGACGUCCUAGUGGGCCAACUGGUGGUGGCGGCGGCGGCGAUGUUGAUACUCCGAAUUCUUCUCCACAGGUUACCGGGCCAUUACGUCCUACCAAUGAGAUUAAACGUGGGGGACAUGGGGAUUGGUCACGUGGUUGUGCUGGUUGGCGUCAGCGGUCUUAUAGCGGUAGUGAACAAUCUGACGUUUACCAUCAUAAUUAUUCCAACCAUCGAGGUCGUGGCAAUGGACAUGAACCUGAUGGAGGAGGAGGAGUCACUGGACGCGGUGGUGGACGUGGUCGUGGUCGAGGACGUCAAGCUGUAACUCAUCGAGAGUCGACUGGUACUGGUCAGUCACACAAUUCAAACACUAGUAAUCAUAGGCCUGUCAGUUGUUUAGCUGAUGUGAAUACACUUUUGUCAACAGAAACAAAAAGUACCAGAGCUUAUUCCAAGUCAUUUUCUAUUGAUCCACCGCCUGGAUUUGAACUUCCAGUUCAUGAAAAUACUGAAAAAUUAUCAUCACCAUCAUCAUUAUCAAUGGGAACGCUACAAGCUGAAGAAUUUCUUGAUAAUAAUUCUCCUGUCGACCAGAUUACCUCAACAACGUCUAAUGAUCAUUUACACUUGUUGACAAUGACUCCUACUACUAAUACUACAUCAACAGAAGUGUGCACCACAACAACGCCUAAACCAUUUCACUCUUCACGUACAUGGUAUUAUGUAGAUUUAUUGAAGCAUAUACAAGGCCCGUUUACAGAUCAACAAAUGGCUACAUGGUUUGCUGCUGGUUAUUUAUCCUUAGGUGUAAAAAUACGUCGAAAUUGUGAUGAAUGUUUUCUGAGUUUAGCUGAUCAUAUGAAUUUAGCUAAUCGUGUACCAUUCUGGUCAGGUUAUAAUCAACCGCCUAUUACACAUGAGAAUUUAUCUUCUAUCACUUCACGUCUUCGAUUCAAUGAAAAUCUAUUAAAUGCUCAGAUAUCUUUCCCAGAGGCACCACCACCACCACCAACUACUACUACUCCUAAUAGCAGUAUUACUGGUACUACCAGUACCAAUAUUAAUCAAUUAUGCUCAAAUUCAGUUGUUUCAAACAGAACAGAUAAUCCAGCCGUUGUUUCACCACCUGGGUCAACAUUAGAUGAAGGCCAAACACAGCUUCAACAUCAAAUAGUAGUAACGAGUAUUGACAAGGUUCAAGUAGAAUCUGUUGACAGUAAACAAAACCCAGUAUCAUCAACAUUAUCACCAACGAAUACAUCACCAGUACCACCACCUGAAGACUUAAAGACAUCAAGAUCAAAUAAUUCUAAUCGAUAUACAGAAGUCAAUAAUGAUACCACUGCUCUUUUAAAUUUAUGCACUGAUGCACAAAAUAUCCUGACGCAUACAUCGAAAAUAGAAGCAGAACGAUUAGCACUGGCAAAUAAAUUAGCUGAAAUUAAUAAUACGACAGCUAAAUUACUAUCAAAUCUCUGUUCAAAUCAGCUUAAUUCCAGUCUAACUGAAUCGUUAAUACAAACGACAAAUGCUGUACAAAGUGAAUUAGCACGUUUGUUAAUUUCACCUAAAAUGGGAGAUGCUAAUGGUAAUAACAACAGCAGCGGCAGUAUUAAUAAAGGUGACAAUUCAGAUACUCGAAAUACAUUGUCCUCCUCCUCAUCACCGCCGCCGCCACCAUCCCCACAAAAUCCAUCACCUGAAAUGACAAAAAUAACCAUGCAUGAGAAGUUAUCAACACCUUCAAAAGUACUGGAUAGUGCUCAACCAAAGGAGCAGGAUAUCACUGGUGGUGGUAGUGGUGAUGAAGAACAUAUCUCUCCGAUUGACGAGAAAAUCAAUUCUCCGUCAUCAUUAUUAUCACCAUCACCCUCAUCAUAUGAUUCAAAAGAUCAUGAUGAGUCAUCAAGUAUCGCGGUGGUGGAUAGUACUCAACUGACGAUAACCGGUCAUUUUAGUCGUGAUCAUGAUGAUGAUGUUGAUGUUGAUGAUGGCGAGGACGGCCGUAGCGACGAGAAUGUUAUCCAAGAAGAGUCGUCAAUAAAAAAUACCUCUGUGACUACUACUGCUACUACUACCACGCCACAGACAAUAGCAACAACACCAGGAAAGGCAGACUCAAGUAAUGAUGCAGAUGAAAGUGGUGGUGGUGGAGUUUCAAAGAAAAGUAAACGAAAAAAUAAAAAAGCUAAUAAAAAAUUGACUGCAGAGCAAGAAAAACAAUUAGCCUGGGAGAUUGAAUUCAAUCGUCGUAAAGCUGCAGCCUUAGAGCAGAAAUUAGCUGAAGAGGCUAGAUUGAAGAAGAUAGCCGAAGAGGAGGCAUAUGCUCUUGCUAUGGAGAAAGCACUGGCUGAUCAAGAAAAAGCUCGUGCUCUAGCUGAACAAAGUAGGCGUGAAGCAUUACGCAUGAAAGCUGACAGUGAAUUGAGUCGUUUAAAAUUGCCUGAAUCAGCUCGAUGGGCUGCUGGUUGUGUCAAUACUCCAGAGAAGCCACUUGCUAAUGAUUUACGAUCUAUUCAAGCUGCACAAGAAGCAGAAGAGGAAGAAAAACGUCGUCAUAGACUGUUGUUAGCUGAACAAAUGUCUGCGUUGACACCUUCCCCAGCAAAUGUACCAUCAGCAAAACCUACACUAGCUUGGUCUGAAAUUGCAAAGUCGGAAUCACAUUCAACAACACCAAAAACUAAUGAUGCAUUAAAAGAUGAAAAGUUCGCUGAACGUUCUAAGCGUACUCCUGGCGUCGUCGCUCAACCACUGAGUGAUACAACACGUCCACAGAAAUCCAGUCCCCAUCAACAUCCCGCGACAAAUGCUACACUCUUGUCAAGUAUAAAAUCGGUUGCCACGUCGACACCACAACCACCACCUGGUCACAUAUCAUCAUUAUCAUCAGUGUCUAAUGUUGCUGUUGUUGAGAAGAAGAAUACCACUAGCCAUUCUACUAUUCCAUGUACUACUACAAAAGGUCAACUGAUCAAUUCACCUGAUAAUAGUACUAAUACUAAUAAUACAACAAAGAAAUGUCAAUCUACUGCACCAAUUCCAUCAAUAUGGGAUUUACCUGUAUCUAGUAAUCUGGAUAAUACUACGAAUUCUGUUGGUGUAAAAAAAGCCAGUAAUAAAAAGAAGAAAAAGAAUUGUAGUACGAUGAAUUCAUUUACAGUUAAAGAAGAACUUGUGCAUUGGUGUGAAUCUCAACUGUCUUCCAUGCCAUUGUCUGGUAUCGAUUUACCUACUCUAGUUGAUUUAUUAUGCGAUCUACAAACUUCAGAUGAGAUUGUAGAAUUUAUUGAAACUUCAUUGGGUCGAUCUAAGCGUGUAACAAAAUUCUCUAAAGAUUUUCUACAGAAAAGAGCAUUACUACUCAAUGUCGCUAUUGAAUAAUAGCAAUAAUAAUAAUAAUAAUAAAUAAUUCGAUGACGUAUAUAAUUCAAUUUCCCUGUGGUGGUGGUGGUGGUGUUGUCGAUUCAGUGUAUGCGCAGUAUGUUACGUAAAAUAUCAAGUGACAGACAGACCACCGACCAUUCAUAUUCUCAAAUGCAAUGCCGUUGUUAAUAUUAUCACUAUUAUUUAUUACUACUAUUCUUAUUAUGAUGACAAUGAUGAUUUAUCGCGUCACAGCACAACCACUGAAAUUAGAACAAACCACCACAAAAUUCGUUCUUUUUUUAUAUAUAUAUCCACAUUCCUGUCUCUCUAUGUGUCUCCUCUUUUUUUUAAAAGGUGGCUAAAUAAUACGAUUAACUUUCCCGACCACCCCGUCAUUCUCCUCCCAUUUUUUUAAAUAACAUUGCUAACUGUUGGUUGUUCACGUUUAUUAUUUUAUACUACUCACAGACUCACUCACUCACUCACUUGUUCUCUCUCUCCUGCUGUUCGCUCAUUGACAACGUCCCAUUUAUUCAUGUGUACACUCACACACACUCACCUACCUACAUACAUGCAUACAUAUACACAAUUACCACCACAUCAGGAAGUUCGUUUACUUAUGCGCUUACUUCUACUCCUUCUUUUUAUGGUUAUGUCAUCAUCCUUAUCAUCAUCAUCAUCAUCAUCAUUACACUGGUUUAUCACCGCAGCACCACCUCCUGCUGUGUCACACACAUCUCUUUCCGACCACUGACUAAUUAAUUCAUCAAGUUCCUCGUGACUGUGCAGACAUUGACGACAAGCUAGCUGACUGGUUGGCUAGCUAGCUAACUCUGAAUCUGUUAAUAUUUUGUUGUUUUCUUUAUGUUUUUUUGUUGUUGUUUUUUUUGCGUAACCUUGGUCACUUUUUAUUGAUGUGUCGUGUUCCUGAAUGGGGGAGGGUGAAGCGGGACCGGGGCUAUUCAGUGUUACAUUUUGAUAUCAUUUGUUCUUGAUUGUGUCUAUAUAUAUAUGGUUUCAGUUCCAACUCCAAUUCUAUCUCACUUCCUUUAGACAACAACUACGACAACGCGGACGCCGACAGAAAGCGAUAACAAUUUUCUUCCCUGUGUGUGUGCAUUUUCUUCUCUUUUUUCUUUGUUUUUUCCUUAUUUGCUUCUUAUCCCAUCCCCCCUUGUCUUGUCUUGUCUUAAUCUCUCCUUGGAUGUGCCGUUCCACACAUCCAUCCAUCUAUCCAUCGUCUGUUAUUAUCUCCUUUCUGUUGUCCACACACACACGCACACACACAGAUACAGAGUUUUGAUUGUGUCAACAACACGCAGAGAAUAUUCACAUACACAUGUGUAUGUGUGUACAUAGAUAACAAAAGGUGAAUAAAGAAAAACACAGAGGGUAUCAAUAACUCUUGUUUUCUUUUUUUUAUUUCUCUUUCUGUCUGUUUUGUUUGUGUGUGUGAAGUAUUUUUUUUCUUGUGCUAAAUUACUCAAUUUCUUUUCUUCCACUAUUAAUAGUCCUUUUUUUCCCUUUGUCUCUUUUGUAAUAUCGCUAUUGUAUUGUGUGUAACUCACUUCUACUAUCGACAAAUUAUACGUUCAGAUGAUAUAUAUACACGCAUAUAUAUAUCUAUACAAGGCAUUCUACUCAUUCAUGAACUCAGUGAAUUAUUAAAACAAUUAGUCCCCUUUUGAUAAAUUUGAAUAAGGCGUUUUUUAGAAGACAAUUUUCGUGAGAGAUAAUAUCUUGUCAUUCCAUAGUUUCUUUACAAUCUCUUUACAAGUUAGUUGUAAAGCCUUUUCAUGUCUUCCACUUUCAUUGACCCAGGUCUCAGUCAGUCACAGCCGUAAAGGAGGAUUGAAGGAAAGUGCUGCUGAGCAGUACACACUCCCUUUGGUCGACAACUAGCCGGAUAUCACGUCUACGCCAGAAACGGCGUAAACUAGUAUAUGCGAAACUAGCCCUCUGU